AAAUGUUGAAGUAGAGACUAAAUGUAUUUAUGUUUUUAUUUCUAACUUUAUUUUAGUAUUUUAACAAUAACAGUCUGACACUUUCCACUGAUGUGUGCAAUUUUUAACUUUGAAACUGGAGCAGUCUGUCAAACUGCAGGAAUUAAGAGUCACAACAACAACAAAAAAUAGUUUGUACUCUAAUUCUGAAAAGGCUGACAGACAUUAAUAACUUGGUAGAAAUGAAUUUACUAGUUUCAGCUUGGAGUCAAGAGUAGAGCAAAGCAAGGUCUGUGGUCAGAGGUGGUGGGUGGAGCCUAAAGUCGCGCCCACCUCUGUCUUAAAACCUCACUCUGGAGUCUCCAUGGACACAUUCAGCUUUGACUGACGGAGCUGCAGUGACCAGUUCUUGGAAUACAACCAUGAAAUUGCUUCAGGAUUCAGAGGACGCAAAGGCUGAAAGAAAGCGUCUCAAACCUCAGGUGGAGAGACGUCGAAGAGAAAGAAUGAACCGCAGCCUGGAGAGCCUGAAGACUCUUCUGCUACAGCGACAGGAAGCGACUCAGCGCAGAGUAGAGAAAGCUGAGAUACUGGAGCACACAGUCCUCUUCCUACAGACCACUGCCAAAAGAGACGAGACGGGAGAUGGAGGUGGUGGAGGCCAGAAACACUCCUUCCAAGACGGCUUCUCCACCUGCCUGCAGAGAGCGUCUCAGUUCCUGGGACCUGAGGGGAAAGGCCUGUGGCUCGGAGCAGCUCUGGAUGCGUCUUUUGCUGCUCGCCUUUCCCGUCCAGACUCUGAUUCUGCAGGCGCCAAGAAGAGAAAUGAAGUCCGUCCAUCCUUAAGAUCUCUGCUUCUUAGGAAGUCGUCCAGGCACAUUCUUCAGUUGCUGAUACAAAGGUGCCGGCACAGACUGUGCGCGCCUGCCGUCUCUGUGGCCAGUUGUGUUCAGACUUGUGGAGAGUCACGUCGCUCUUCCACAACUCCCCAACAGCCGCAAACAGUUGCGAGUCAAGCGAGUAAACAGAGCCCGUCUCAGAGCCAACCGGUCAACCAGACUUUGUGGAGGCCUUGGCCCUGAUCACCAGACAGUGGCCUCCUGAAACUGAACUUUUUAAAGACUCUAACAUUUGAUUAAUAUUCAAUGAUGCCAACUGUGCUGUUCCUGAAUGAAUAUUUGCAUUGCAUUGUGAACAACGACCUCUGGUCCUCUGAUAACUCCUAACAGUUUUGGUAUUCAAACUCAAAGUCUGUAAAUAAUGUAAAAAAACAAAAAAAAAGUCAUUUGCAUGUGCUGUAUGUGUGAUAGGGUUGUCUCACGACUCGCAGUCAGUGGGGCAGCCAUCUCUUCUGCCUGCAGGCGCAGGGACUCUCCCAGACUGGGACACACUGCUGCUGUGCUAAACAGCGAGUUCAGAGGUGUGGGACCUGAGGGUUCGAGGCUGGGAGAGCCCCAUGCAGCCCCUCACAGUCACCUGAGUGCCGUGAUGUCUGCGGGCAUUCAUGACACCUGUGUGUCUGUGAACAUCUUGUAUUCCGUAUAUCUUGUCUAUUUUGCACACUAAUUUAUUCUGGAUGUCUCCCUAUGGCGAGAACUAUUCUCUUUUUUAUAAUAAAAACUUUUCUUAAAACGUAAAAGCAUGGUGUCACUUGAUUAUUUUGGAUGCAGGCUGCAGGCCUUUUGUUUGUGCUGACGUUGACAGCUCUCUUUAGUUGGAGUCAGAGGUGUGAAGCAUGGCCUCCUGCAGAGCUGCAUCCUCCAGGUGUGAAGUCUGACCACGAGGAGAAAGAGUUUAGCAGCAGUUCUCACUUCAAAGACAUCAAAGAUAGCCCCGUUCACACAUCAUUCACUCAGUCUGAUGACUCAAUAUCAAACCAGUA